UUAAUAGAAUUACAAUUUUAUAGUGACUAAAUCAUUUCAAGUCAAAAGACUCGCAGAUCUCAAUAAGAAAGGGAUAGACCAUCUUCUUUAAACAAACACUUCGUUCAAUCUCUACAAUGGGUGGUUCUUGUUUCUUGUUACUGCUUAUUCUCUCCAUUCCAGUUGUUUUUGUGAGUGGUGACACUAAUUUGAUCCAAAAGACUUGCAAAAACACCAAGUACUAUGACCUCUGCAUAUCAUCUCUCAAAUCCAAUCCCACAAGCCCAAAAGCAGACACCAAGGGACUGGCGGUUAUUAUGGUUGGAAUUGGAAUGGCCAAUGCCACAGCCACUUCCUCAUACCUGUCCUCCCAAGGACUCAGCACCACCAAUGACACCCUCAUGAAGAAAGUCCUCAAGGAAUGCGCCGCCAAGUAUUCGUAUGCCGGUGAUGCUCUGCAAGCUUCUCUUCAGGACCUGGCCGCGGACUCAUUUGAUUACGCCUUCAUGCAUGCCAUGGCUGCUGCUGAUUACCCUAAUGCUUGUCACAACGCGUUCAAGCGUUAUCCCGGGUUGGCUUAUCCACCAGAGCUUGCACUUAGAGAGGAUGGUUUGAAGCAUAUCUGUGAUGUGGUCUCAGGAAUCAUUGAUCUUCUUGGUUGAUUUGAUGAUAUUGUUUUUAUCCUUGAAAUCUGACUCUUAGAUCUUAGUUUGCAAGCUUGUUUGAAUUGUCCAUCCCUAGUGCCUUCUUUUUUUUUUCAUUUUUUUUUUUUUGGGUUGGAGAAAUUCGAAUACAGGCACACCCACGCUCAUACUCGGGGAACUAGGCCACUGGAUAAUACCCGUCAAUUUCUAAUGGUAGAUUGAAUUGCAUAUCAGCAUUGGAAACUAGUUUGGUAGAAUUAUGUCCACUUUGGAUUAGUUUAAUUUAGUGCUUUUAAAAAGUAGAUCAAGGUUAUGAUUUCAGAAA